UUCAAGCUUUCAACAAAAAAUCUAGAAAUCUCAAUAUCUGUUGUGUAAUUCAAAUUUCAUAUUUUGAUUGUUCAACAAGAUUAUAAAAAGUUUCCAUCUUUUUUCUUUUUGGGAGACCGAGAGAAAGAGAGAGAUGGACUCACCGCCGUUGAUCGGAGAUUCAUUGACGGCGAGGAUGAUUCCACGACAUUCUUCUCUCGAUUCGUUUGGGGCGAUGAAAGUCUCCUUAUUGGUCAAUCUCGCGAGCAUAAGAGUCUCUAAAGAAGAGCUUCGUCAAAGAGUCAUGCUUCCUAAAUAUCUCCGCCUCGCUAUCCGCGAUUGUAUCCUCCGUAAAGACGAUUCCUCCUCAGCGGGGUCGUCGUCCUCCUCCUCCUCCUCCUCGGUAGACAACAACGAUGUAACCCCGGAAGUUCCUCUCAUGGUCUUUGUUAAUCCCAAAAGUGGUGGUCGUCAAGGUCCUCUCAUCAAAGAACGUCUCCAGGAUCUUAUCAGCCAAGAACAGGUGUUUGAUUUAACGGAAGUGAAGCCUAACGAGUUUAUUAGAUAUGGAUUGGGUUGCUUAGAGGCAUUAGCUUCUCGUGGAGACGAAUGUGCUAAAGAGAUUCGUGAAAAGAUGAGAAUUGUGGUUGCAGGUGGAGAUGGAACCGUUGGUUGGGUUCUAGGUUGCCUCGGUGAACUCAAUUUGCAGAACCGACAACCUGUUCCUCCUGUUUCUAUAAUGCCACUCGGAACCGGAAAUGAUCUCUCCAGAAGCUUCGGAUGGGGAGGGUCGUUCCCAUUUGCGUGGAAGUCUGCGAUAAAACGAACACUUCAUCGGGCAAGUAUUGCUCCCAUAAGCCGUCUAGAUAGUUGGAAUAUCAUGAUUACAAUGCCUUCUGGUGAAAUUGUGGAUCCUCCUUAUUCUUUAAAGUCUACACAAGAUUGUUACAUUGACCAGGAUUUGGAGAUAGAGGGAGAGAAGCCUCCAACGACGAAUGGUUAUGAAGGAGUCUUCUACAAUUAUUUUAGUAUAGGUAUGGAUGCUCAAGUGGCUUACGGUUUUCACCAUUUGCGCAAUGAAAAGCCUCACCUUGCAAAUGGCCCUAUCGCCAAUAAGAUUAUAUAUUCAGGAUAUGGUUGCUCUCAGGGUUGGUUCCUCACGCACUGCAUGAACGACCCGGGUUUAAGGGGUCUCAAGAACAUUAUGACAUUGCAUAUAAAAAAGAUGGACUCAUCCGAGUGGGAGAAAGUACCAGUUCCCAAAAGUAUAAGAGCAGUUGUUGCAUUGAAUCUACAUAGCUAUGGAAGUGGAAGAAACCCUUGGGGAAAUCUCAAACAAGAUUAUCUUGAAAAGAGAGGCUUUGUGGAAGCACAAGCCGAUGAUGGGUUGGUUGAGAUCUUUGGGUUAAAGCAAGGAUGGCAUGCUUCCUUCGUUAUGGUUGAACUCAUCUCUGCCAAACACAUUGCACAGGCGGCAGCGAUACGGCUGGAGAUAAGAGGAGGAGAAUGGAAAGAUGCGUUUAUGCAAAUGGAUGGAGAGCCAUGGAAGCAACCUAUGAACAAAGACUACUCUACCUUUGUUCACAUCAAGAGAGUCCCUCACCAGUCUUUGGUCGUCAAAGGAGAUUGACU